AUGGAUCACCUGCUGACUCUGACGGUGUUGCUGUGGAGUUCAGGUGCUCAGUGUGAAACAGUCAAAGCUGACCUUGUGAUGUUGGUGGAUGAGUCUUGGAGCAUCUCCAAUAAAGACUUCAAAAGCAUUCAGUUGUUUCUUAAGAGUGUUGUCAACAACCUCAACAUCGGCCCAGACAGAGUCCAGAUUGGUCUCACUUUGUACAGUGAUACACCAAGGACCAUGUGGCACCUGAACACCUACCAGACCAAACAACCCCUGCUGAAGGCCAUAGCAGACCUAACACAAUUUGGUGGAGGCACCAGGACAGGAAAAGCUCUGAGACACAUCCUCCAUCACCAAUUUAAACCCAAUGUGGGAAUGCGUCCGGACUCCAAAAAAACUGCUGUUCUGAUUACAGAUGGGGAAUCCCAGGAUGAAGUACUUCUUCCCUCAAAGAACCUGAAAGAUACCGGCAUCGAGAUCUACUGUAUUGACUCUGUCAGGCUGCUGAAUGGUUCCAGUCUGUGUUCAGGCAGGCUGGAGGAGAAGUCUAACCAGAACUGGUCCUCAGUGUGUGAAGCUGACUUUGGCCAGCAGGAUGCAGAGGUGGUCUGUAGGGAGCUUGACUGUGGUCCGCCUUCAGUCCUCCAGGGGGUGCUCUAUGGAGAAGUGGAGGCUCCAAUGUGGACCAAAGAGUUUCAGUGUAGAGGAAAUGAGUCUGCUAUCCUGGACUGUAGAAGCUCAGGCUCAGUGAGAAAAAGCUGCUCACCUGACAAAGUUGUUGGACUCACCUGCUCAGAGCCUGUCAGGUUGGUGGGAGGAGCCAAUCGCUGUGCAGGUACACUGGAGGUGAGACGAGGAGAGUGGAGACCAGUGGCAAUGGAUAUCUGGAACCUGAAAGAUGCAGCUGCUGCCUGUGGACAGAUGAACUGUGGUUCUGCUGUUUCUGUAGAAAAUACAAAGAAAUCCACACAGACAGUGUGGUGGAUUGAGUCACACUGUGUUCAGUCUGGAUAUGCUCUGAAAGAGUGUGCAUCAGCAGAAGACCAAUCUUCCUCCAUCCUGGAUAUCACAUGUUCAGACUCUGUCAGGCUGCUGAAUGGUUCCAGUCUGUGUUCAGGCAGGCUGGAGGUGAAGUCUAACCAGUACUGGUCCUCAGUGUGUGAAGCUGACUUUGGCCAGCAGGAUGCAGAGGUGGUCUGUAGGGAGCUUGACUGUGGUCCGCCUUCAGUCCUCCAGGGGGUGCUCUAUGGAGAAGUGGAGGCUCCAAUGUGGACCAAAGAGUUUCAGUGUAGAGGAAAUGAGUCUGCUCUCCUGGACUGUAGAAGCUCAGGCUCAGCGAGAAAAAGCUGCUCAACUGGCAAAGUUGUUGUACUCACCUGCUCAGAGCCUGUCAGGUUGGUGGGAGGAGCCAGUCGCUGUGCAGGUACACUGGAGGUGAAACAAGGACUGUGGAGAUCUGUAGAGGCCUCGGGCUGGACCCUGAUGGAAGCAGCUGUAGCCUGCAGAGAGUUGGGCUGUGGCUCUGCUGUUUUAACAGGAAGCACAAAUGCAUCCUUGGAUGGACCUACGUGGAAGAUCACACCUGACUGUGUUAAAUCUGGAUCUACACUGAGGGAGUGUGCCACAUCAUCAUCACAGCCAUCCACCAUCCUGGAGCUCAUCUGCUCAGAGCCCACCCACCAAGGAAACUACAGCUGUGUUUAUCAUGUCUUCGUGUUUUCUCAUAACUUCUCCUCUGAGAGCCGUCAGCUGUCUCUCAUUGUCUCAGCAGAUCCAACAGUGUUUCUCAUCAGACUGGUGCUCCUGCUGCUGAGCCUGCUGCUCUUCAUCUCUGCCAUCUGUUUUACCCAUAAGGUGACCAGGAGGCAGCAGCCGAGCCUACAGGUGGACCUGGAGCCGAAUGAUUAAAACCUCGGUGCUUCCAGGAGUGGAGGAGAAAGGAGAAGCAAGCAGCACAGUUAUUGCUGGCACAGAGCCGAUUUUACAGUAUAGUCUGCAUACAAUUCGGUCGAUAAAUUUUUGAAU